UCACUUAGAAAGCUCUGAACUCAUGAGUGUACUUGAAUCAAGAGUAUACUGGCCAAGCAUGGCUGAGAACAUUCAGAUGUAUGCUCAUGAGUGCUCAAAUUGUCAGAUUGUGAAAGAAGUCAAGAAAGAAUUAGAAUAUGAAAAAAUGAUAGAGAAGAUAAUGACAAAGUUUCUACAUAAUGAGAUCUAUAUUAACUAUGAAAUACUGUAUGAGAUUCUAACUGAUAACAGUGUAAAUCUUAUAGAAGAAGUAGUGAGACAUUUCAUGAGUCAGUUACAGACAAGAUAUUGUAGAACAAUAUCAUAUCAUCUACAGAUAAACAGAAAGAUGAAACACUUGAAUGAAAUCUUAAGUAACAUGCUGAUGAAAUAUCUA